AUGGCGACGGCGGUGCGAGUGGCAACGCCUGAGAUUCGACUGCACUGCGGUCCUACGGGGUUAAAUGAGGCCGUAUUAUCAUUGGACUUUCUUCAUCCCAACGUAGAGCUUAUGCAAUCAAUUACCACAGACAAACCGCUCUUGGCUACGGGUGGUGCUGAUAAGGAGAUCAAGUUGUGGCGAGUGGGUGAGAAUACGGAGCAUAGAAAAGUGGAGCUUGAGUUUAUCUUCAGCCUUUCAGGACAUGAACGCAGUAUCAACUGCGUGCGCUUUUCGCCUAAUGGUGCUUAUUUAGCAUCAGCCAGCGAUGAUACUUCCAUUAUUCUGUGGACGAAACCCAAAACGGCGGGUGAUAACUGGCGCUGGGAUCAGAUCUCGUCCCUCAGCGAUGUAGGCCGUACUAUUCUUUCGUUGGGCCAUAAGGGUGACAUUACAGACCUUGCAUGGUCACCUGACUCGGCCUUCCUUUGUUCCUCGUCGGUCGACAACCGUUGUGUCAUUUGGGACGUGGAAAAGGGCGACGUGGCCGAACGACGCAAAGACCACACGCAGUACGUGCAGGGCGUUGCAUGGGAUCCUCUUAACGAGUUUCUCGUGACGGAAGGCAACGACCGCACAUGUCGUGUCUAUUCGCUUAGUGGAUUUGGAGCGGCAACGCGACCAAACGGGAAGAAAUUAGGGCGAAAGUUUAUGUGCAUCCAAACGCUAAAGUCGCGCGAGCUUCCGGCCACACAAAACGAAUCUGUCUCAGCAGUUACGAGUGACAAAAAAGGAAAGGAUAGAGGCGAGACGGCGGAUGGUGAUGUUAAUGCAGUUGCGGGGGAUGCGGUUUCUAAAGUCCCAGCAGUGUCCAAGCACCGUAUGUUCCUUGAUGACACGUGCCCCGCGUUUGCUCGUCGACCUGCCUGGACACCUGACGGUAGUUACUUCUUGACACCAACUGGGACCUUUCGUGCUAGUGAGUCGCCGUCUCCUGUCAAUACAGUGUACGCAUUCUCACGGGGCAACUUAAGUCAGCCGACGCUGCACCUACCCGGACAGGAGAAGGCGUCGCUUGGUGUCCGUUGCAGCCCCCUUCUUUACCAAUUGCGCCGUCAAGACGACCAAUCAGUCUGUUCACCUCUACCCAACUUUUUCAAGACGGAGUACCGCUCUGUGUUUGCUGUUAUCACACUCGAUGCUGUCGUUAUCUAUGACACACAGCAAGCUUAUCCAAUAUGCACGGUAAAGGGACUUCACUAUGCAGACUUAACGGACGCGGCCUGGACAGCAGAUGGUCGAACUUUGAGCAUUUCGUCCACAGACGGCUACAUAUCAUUUAUUCAGUUUGAAGAUGGUUUUUUCGGUGUAUGUGUCCCUCACAAAGACCAAGUCUUACUAAACGAGAACAAGAUGCGUCGAAUGUUUGCUACACCGAAGAAGGUGCGCAAUAAGGCUAGAAGUCAAGCCCAGAACCAGGCUACACCAAAGGAGCUGACACCAGCAAAGAUCAUAGCAAAGCAGAAGUCGCAGCAGCCGUCAGAUCCCAUCAAGCGUGCUUUUAAAGGAAGUAUUACUUCCACGCGCGUUAACUUGCUGCAGGUACGGAAGAAGCGCAAAGUUUGUUCAACUUUGAGACCACCCGCGACACAGGCAGUGGCUACCGCUCCACACGCUGUCGAAACUGCCAAUAGCACCGAAGCAACUAGUACACCAUUAACAUCCCCUCCUUCAGCAGAUAACACUAUCAGCACUGAAGUAGCACUUGUAGAUGUGAGUAGUUCAUCUUUAUCGAAGCAUGUUUCGAUGGAACCCCAACUGUCCAGAACUUAA